AUGUCAAGAGAAGACCCCAUUAAACCUGAAAAAGAUUUCUCUGAAACUCUUGAGGAACAGAUUCCCUUGAUUGAGAAAACCCCCGAUUAUAAGCAAGCUAUUGAGAAGUACUUGGUGUUGGAGAAACAGAUUCGUCAAUCGUCAGACUUGGCCCUGAGCAAGAAGGUGUUGAAUAAGAUUGUUGAAACACUCGUUCAUCAUGAUGACUGGGAUUAUUUAGAUGAAUUGAUCACUCCUUUAUCCAAGAAGCAUGGCCAGUUGAAAACGUCAAUCCAGCUGAUGAUUCAGGAAAUCAUCAAGAACCUCAAGUCAUUGGACAACGACAAGCCGGUGCAUUUGGAGAAGAAGAUGAAAAUUAUUGAGACCAUUCGUACGAUUACUGACAAGAAAAUCUUUGUCGAAGUGGAAAGGGCUGUCGUGUCAAAGAUGCUCGCUGAAAUCUACUUGGAGAAGAAAGACGACUUGGACAAAGCGACAGAGAUUCUAUGUGAUUUACAAGUUGAGACCUAUUCUUUAAUGCCAUUUGAAGAGAAAAUUGAGUACAUUCUUGAACAAAUCAAAUUGACCUUGCAGAAAAAGGAUUAUGAUCAAGCAAAGAUCUUGAGUAGGAAGAUCCUUUUGAAAACAUUGAAAAACUUCGAAAAAGCAGACGAGUACAAAUCUAUUUACUUGAAGUAUUUGUUGGAUAUCAAUAAGCAUGAGAACGAUUAUAUUAUGAUCGUGAAGAACUCGCUUCUUUUGAUAGAGAUUCCUCUCAUCAAGAACUCUUCCGACUACAAAGACUUGCUCGUUUCGAUCAUCUACUACAUCAUAUUAUCACCAUACGACAACUUGCAGUCUGACUUGAUUCACAAGAUCAAGGCCAACUCUGCUUUCGCCAAAAAUGUGGAUCCAAAAAUUUUUGAUCUUUUAGAGAUCUUCACGACAAACGAGCUCAUUCAUUCAGAAAAUAUUGAAAGAGAUUACCGUGGCACUUAUCUCAGUAAAUCUCCCGUCUUUGCUGAGAAUGAAGCCAAUAAUACAAAUUUGCAGAACCGUAUCAUUGAACACAAUUUGCGAGUCGUCAACAUGUACUAUCUGUUCAUAAAGUUGGAUCGUUUGGCUCACUUGUUGCAAGUCAAUGCGCAAGAUGCUGAAACACAUGUCAGUGGCAUGGUAAACAAGGGUAUGAUCAGCGCCAAAAUUAACAGGCCACAAGGAAUCAUCAAGUUUGAUAACUUAAAGCAUGGCUCCACGGCAGGUGCGGCUCAGAUCACGAGCAACAGCGAAAAUAUCAACGACAUGUUGAAUAACUGGAUUUAUGAUGUGGACAAGCUCUUAGAGGAGGUUGAUAGUAUCGGUCAUUUGAUCAAUAAGGAAGAAAUGAUGUACGGUAUUAAACAGCGUUCGUGA